AUGAAUUCCAAUUCCAAGAAGGAAAUUCGCCAUAGGUUGACGGAAGGUAUCUCGUCACUUUUCAAUCGAUCUGGAGUAUAUACACCCUUGAAGAAUGAGACCUCAAUCCGACUUCUUCGAAUCAAAGGCGAUCACGGGGCUGGCGUUCUACGAUGCACCAUGACAGAAGCCGACCUGGAUGACAAUCCCGUCUACGAAGCACUGUCAUACACAUGGCAGAAGGAUCAAUCGGGCUUCCUUGAAGUGGUAUCGUUGAGCAGCAGAAUCGGCAAAGUGGCCAAGCAAUGGGAGAAGCUGUCUAACAUUGGCGUGGGAAACGAGACCAUCAUUUGCAACGACCAAUAUCUGAAGGUUACUCCCAAUCUCCACGAUGCUUUACUUCAUCUACGCAGGAGAUCCCGACGUCGAACGGCGAUCUGGAUUGAUGCCAUCUGUAUUGAUCAGUCGAACGUCCACGAAAGAAAUGCGCAAGUUAAUAUGAUGGGAAGGAUAUUCGACUCAGCCCGACAGGUCGUGGUAUGGCUAGGAAAGGCUACGGAA